ACUGGAAAAGGAAAUUGAGGCUCUGGAAAGAGAGGAAAUGGAAGUCUCAGCUAAGGAAGAAGCAAUUUUAAAGAAACUUAAGUCUGUUGAGAAAACAACAGAAGAUAUAAUAAAGUCUGUGAAGACUGAAAAAGCAGGAUUUGAAAAAGAGGCAGCAGACUACAUAUACACCAGCAUACCUGACCUUCCCAAGUCUUUCAGGCCUUCUGCACUGAAAAGUUCAGCACAUGCUCCCACCGACGAGGAAAAGAGGAAAGCAUUGUUUGCCAUGGAAAUUAAAGUUGAAAAAGACAUGAAGACGGGAGAAAACACAGUGUUAUCAACAAUACCUCUUCCUUCAAAGGAGUUUAAAGAGACAGGAAUUAAAGUCUAUGACGAUGGCAGGAAGUCAGUCUAUGCAGUGUCCUCAAAUGGCAGCACAACACAAAAUGGGAUGGAUGAACUUGCUCCUGUUGAGGUGGAGGAUCUGCUACGGCAGGCCACUGAAAAAAAUUCCCAAUCUCCCACAGAGUAUCAUGAGCCUGUGUUUGCAAACAAGUUUUGCAGGCCAGUUACUCCUCAGAAAGACAAAAUAGUCCCUGGACCAAAACUGGAAGACACUCACAGAAGAGAAAUGAAUGGAUUUGCCAAUCAUCGCACAGAAUUCUCCUCUAAAAGAGAGCCCUUUAUGCAGCAACAUAAAGAGAAUGGGGUUGAUCUUCCAAAGGUAAUACAGCCAACAUCUCCCUCUCCAGUUCUUUCCUGUUCAGAGAAGCAAGUGCACACUAAUCCUGAGAAGAGGAUGAUACAUAAUGAAGAAAGAAAAGCUGCACAUGAGGAAUUAAAACCUUACCAGAAUACAAGAGAAAGACAUAAUGAGACAAGGUUUUCAAGUCCCUGCCGUCUUAAUGAAACACCUCCAACACCUCAAGAUGAGGAAGAUGUUCAGUACAGCAUUGUCCAAGCUGUACCAUGUUACGUGGAUGAUUCUGAACCAGUAACAAUGAUUUUCAUGGGUUAUCAGCGCAUUGAUGAUGACGAUGCAGAAGCAGACCAAAAGUUGUCACGAUAUGACGGGGUUAUCCGUGCAGAAUUAGUUAUCAUUGAUGAUGAUGAUGAUGAUGACAGCAAAUCUGAGAAACCAGCAUAUCAUCCCGUAGGUCACUAUAGUCAGGUUUAUCAGCCACCGAGCAGGAAAACCACAGAAGCCCUACAGACAAACCCUGUGAGCAGUUUGGGCAUGAGCCUGAACAAGGUACCCCACAAAAAUUCCAUCUCCCUACGAGAACAAGAGGAACGCUUAAGCUCACCAACACACCACGAUCAUCUUCACGGCCAGGUAUCUGGAGACGGCACUGAAGAUCCCUCACUAACAGCUCUGAGGAUGAGAAUGGCAAAGCUGGGGAAAAAGGUGAUUUAACAGCUGUAAUGACGUGGAAGUAAAAUUACUGCUCAAAGCAGAAUAAAGCUAAGAAGAGUUUCUUCAACACACCUUUUUUGGAUCAUAAUGCUU